UCAAGUCAAAGAGAAGAUGGGUAGACUAGUAGAGUAUAUACUGUUACUUCUAUCAGUUGUACUAGUAGUAUCUACAUUGACUGGAUCUACUAACAAUUACUACAAUGAACCUACUGGUAAUAAAGGAUUCACAGAUUGUUGUGUUAAUACAAAAUUUGCUGAAUUCACUAAUUUAUCAUUAACUCCAAAUCCGCUGAUUCGUGGAAAAGAAUGUGAAAUGCAAGGAAUUUUUCAUAAUACGAAAACCAUACAGUGGGGUAUACUGCAUGUCACAAUAACAUAUACUUUCAAGAAUUAUAUUAAUAUUACUUUCGUGGAUGAGAAAUUCAAUUUAUGUGACUACUUUGUUGAUUUAUUCAAGAUACAAUGUCCUUUGCCACCAGGAAUAUAUCAUGAUGAUUCAGUACGAACAGUACCAAAUAUCUUUUGGCCAGGUAGGUAUUAUGGCAAAGUUACUGCAUACAAUGAGGAAGGAGAGGAAAUGAUGUGUAUAAGUAAGGAAUUUACCGUCAAAUAACUUAAAUAAAAAUAGUGAAAGCACAUAAGUGCAUAAUGACUUUAAGUUGAUUGUGUUUUCUUAACAAACG